GCAUUUCGAUAUAAACUGACGAAUCAAGCACAACUCCGGAAAAACAACACACUUUUUAUAUUCUCUCUCGCGUACCCCUCUCGUCUGCUAAUAGAUGCUCUACAAUUCAUCUUUUCAUUUAUAAUUUGAUAACAAACAACAUUGGAUUAUAACGUACAAUGUUCUGAUUAUUACGCGUAUUAAUUCUUUAUAUUCUGGAAAACAGCAAUUAUCAUUAUUUACUGUUGGGAAAGUCUGAUUGAUCUCGUCACUGGACUGAAGGAAUACAAUGAAAUAUACAUAUUAAUCUAUUUAAUGAAAUUGUACACAGAUAAAGGAGAAAUAUAACCAUUCGAACAACUAAGAAAAAACUGAAAAAACUGAAAUAGAUAGAGUAAAAAAAGACAGAGGGGAAGAAACGUUCGAGGGAGAGAUAUACUUAAAAGAAGAGAAAGAGAAACUGAAGGAAACAGAGAGUCAGAGAUAUAUAGAUAGAUAGGCAGAGCGAGAGAGAGAGAAGGUGAAAGCGAAAGCGAAGGGAAGAAAAGAUAGAUAUAUUUAUAGUAGAAGAGUAGUAGCUAAUGAAGAAUGUCGUGCUCUUGUGCGAAAAAACUGUCCAGAUCUCAUAAAGACUGGCCGCGUCCUCUACCAAGUGCUGAAUUUCAACGAUUGAGAGAUAUCAUAGACAUUUCUCUGCACGGAUACGAUCUUGAAGAUAGUGGGUACGAAGCUGCCGAAAACUUUCUUAACAUGGCGGAUAACUCUGUUGUUGAAGAAAACUUAGUUGGUUCGGGUCAGAAUGAAGGUGAGAAUGGAGAUGACCAUGUAAAGUUAACUAGGUCGGAAAGUCUUGAUAGCCCAAAAUCAGACGACGAGGGUUUAGGUGUCGAGAAAAAGGAGGUUACAGAUAACAAUUCCGAUGAAGUAGAAGAGGAAUCACCUAAUCCUUCGUCUACACUUGACGCUGAAUCGCCAGUGCCAGAGGCUGAAAACUCUUGCGAAAGAGACGAAGUAGAUUUGGAAGAAACUGGAAAUGAUAAUGAAAAUUCCAAUGUUGAGCUAGAGUCUGAAAAUGUAGAAGAGAACCUCAACGAAUCACUCAAUUCUGACGAUAGGGUUGAAGAGGAGGAUGAAGUUAACAAGCAGGAGGAAUCUAAUGAACCAAAUAACCUAGAAUCUUCCCCAACAAGAAAGUCUUCAGUAUCAUCAAGAGACAGUAAAGAAGCUUCAGACAUGGAAGAUAAUAACGUCUCUAAUCAAAGUAACGAGCCAAUUAUGGCAAGUGUAAACGAAGGUGAGUGUGAAAUAUCUCAGCAAGAGCAUAUUGAAAGCUUGGAGACAACUCCCAACGACGAAGAAGAGCAAUCGGAGUGUGAUAGUCGAUUUACAAGGGAAUUAUCUUGCAUAUCCGAAAAAGAGGAUGAGAUGAACGUAGAACAAAUAACAGAGGCUAAGGACAACGCCCCAGCAGAUAACGAAGAAAAUGUUGUAGAAGAAAAUAUAACGGAAACGUUAGCCGAAAAUGUCGAAAGCAUUAUGCUUAAUUCAACACAAGAAGAGGAUGGUAAACCUGUAGAGGAAACGAUGAACGAGUUAAAUAUUGAGCAGGUGGAAGCAGCAAUGAUCCACGAAACGUGUUCGGAAAAUGGCGAUGAAUCAACAGAUGUGGAGGUUAACUUACCGAUCAAAUACGAAAGCGAUACACAAUUACAAUGGGCGAUGGAGAUUCUCCUGGGAAAAUCACUGCCUGUACUAGACACUAGCUAUAGAUCUAUAAGGAAUGAAUUAGAGAGUUUUUAUACACCUGUUAAGAGCUAUACGAUUAAAAGAGGUCAAGGAAUAGUUGAAGAACCAACAGAAGCAAUUGAGGAGCAAGUUGUUCAAGCGGAAGUGAAUUUGGGAAAUGAGAGCACUCCGUUGAAUUCUAAUCUAGAUAGAAAUUUGAAUGGGGAUAACGGCUUACUUAAUAAUUCGGGUGUAGACGACUUAGACGAUACAAUUCUCUCCGAUGGAUCAGAAGGAGUGAAAGAGAGGGAACCUUUGCCCGAGAUUUUAUCCCCUAAAUCUCCAAGGAAACGUUUUUCACUUCGCCAUUUGUUAACGUGCAGUCGAGCUGCCGACGAUUGACCAAAGUGACGACAACUUGACUUUUUACAAAAAAAAAAACGUGCUUUACAACCUUUUGCCAUAAAAAGAUAUAUAUUAAUCGAAAUUUACCUUUUGGGAGAUCUAUCCUGCGUAAUAAUGCACAGAACGAAAGCGAUCUUAGCAGACUUAUUCUAAUUAGUCUUAUAUGUAAGUAAAAUAAAUAUGGGGGAUAAGAAGUUCAUCAAUUUUGCUGAAGGCUUUAUACUAAAAUUUAACCUUUUAUGCUCUCAUUUUUAAUAGUUUAUGACAUUGGAAGAAUAUUAAAUUGUUUUUUGUAAAAUCUUUAAAAAAGAGGAAAAUAAUUCUGUUUUUUUUAUCUGAAAAUAUAAGAUUCAAUGAAUAUCAUAAAUAUUCAUCAAAUUAUAUAUGAAUGCUUAAGUUGCGUGCUUAAUUAUAGAUAAGAUACACGAGAAAAGCUUUCUGAUUUACCAUGAUUAGGAAAGGCUUAUCUCAUAAAUCUUGGGUAAUUAACAAAAACGUCGCUUGUAAAGGUAAGCGCAAAAAUGGAUUAAGAUAUUUGUUUCUGGACGAAGAGUCCAUUCAAGUAUACAAAGCUCAUCAAUCAUCUCAAUAAGCUUUAAACUAAAAGAAAAACUGUAGUAUGAUAUUAACAAUUAACUAGGGAGUGAUCCUAAAUAAAUAUAUGCAUAACUUAUAUAUUCUGUUUAAAUAUAUGUAUAUAUUUAAUAUACUGACAAUACAUAUAUAUAUAUAUAUAAAGCAAUAGAAAGAAAGUGUUAUUUAUCUUAAAAAAAAUAUAUUUAUAUGCUAAAUGCUCUUUCAUAAAGAACAUCUUUCUUGUUUGUAAUUCAGUAGAGAAAAAAUUUUCGUCUUUUCCCUUUAUUUAAAAUUACUUUCAUAAGUUUACAUUCAAUAUUUUGGUUGCACUUAACUAAACAACCUGCGUCACUUACGAGACAAGCAAUUUCUUUGUGGGAAUGUUGUUGAGACGUUUUCACUUUAUCACAAGAAAGCAGUAGUGGCUAUGUCCAAUCCGUAAAUAAAUCGAUAUAAGAUAUUAUCGUAUAAGCUGAAUUCUUAUUUUCUUGAUUAACAACUAUAUUAUCCCAGAAAAUUAGUUAAAUAUAGAUGAGAUAAUAGAUGAGUAGUUAAUAAUACGUUUAAACCGAGAAAUGAAGUAUAUUUGACAAUCUGAAUUGUCAAGAAAACAUAUAUUCCUUACUUUUGUCGUUGUUAUUGGCAUUUAUUGCUGGAAAAUGUGUUCGAUAAAUGUCUUUGUCAAAAUAUUAAUCAUCUUCGACUGUAUACAACAGUUUGCAUUUCAUGCGUAUUAGUUGGCUUGGAUUGAGUUAGAGGAUGGAAUUCGUCACGUCUUUUACAAUUCUUACCAAAUUUAACGUUAAAAAACCCAUAUAAAAAUGGGUUUAUUGCGCUAUUAAGUAAAGCCAUAGUCUCCGCAAACGUUUGGACAGAUUGUCCCACUUUACCUCCAUUCCAAAUUCGUAAAUGAUGUACAACAAAGUAUGGUGUCCAGCAAGCGAUAAAGGAAAAUAUAAUGCAAAUAGUCAUCUUGAUUGUUUUUACUUUAGCCCUUGUAAUAGCCGCAACAUGAGAUGAGUUUUUCUUAAAUAAAUUUGAACGCCCUUGAUGCCAUACGAUUCUAACAACACUUGCGUAACAGAACGUAAUGAAGAAAGCAGGUAAAAUGAGAAUAUAACUCGUUAGAAAAGUGAAAUAUACUAAACGCUGCCAAUGCGCUGUGUAGCCCUCGCUUUUGCAUUCAUAAAAAGUUAUGUUGUUAUCGGGAUUAAUUUUCUUCACUCUUACAAAAAUGAAAAGCUGAGGAGCAGCAAAUAUGAAUGCUAAAAUCCAAGAGCAUAUAAUCAUUAUUUUAGCGCGCUGUGUCGUAUUACUCGGACUUAAUGGAUGACAAAUAGCCAUAUAACGGUCAAAACUCAUACUGACAAGAAUAAAAGUUGUAGAAGCAAGCGUUACUAUUUGCAGAUAAACGGAAAUCCUACAGGCGACGUCGCUGAAUAUCCAAGUGCGGUUGAAUACAACAAAUAAUAUUUCAACAGGCAUAGUAACAAAGCAAACAGUCAAAUCUCCGAUAGCCAAGUUUAGAAUGAAUAUAUUAACUCGAUAAUUCAGCACUUUUCUCUUUAUGCAUGUUAGGACUGUUAUUAUACUAACAUUUCCGAAGAAUGAUAAAGCCAAUAUUAUUGAAAUUGUAGUAAUGCUCUGGAUAGUUGCUGAAUCCCAAUUUUUCGGAUAUCCAAGUGCCGUUAUAUUUGUUGAAUUAUUUUCCGUAAUAUUCAUCAUCUAUUUAUAGUUAAAACAAGUAGACUGAAAACACCUUGAUACAUGUAAAUUAAAUUAUAGCAACGGCUUUAGUCUUCAUCUUUUUUUAUAUAUAAAGAUGAAAAACUGAAAUAACAUUUGGCUUUAUAUAUUUUCUUUCUCUAUGUCUACACCACUGAAGUUAUUCUUGAUCUAAUAUCCGAUAAAUCUCUUAUUUUGAACAUAUGCAGACACAAACUCACCUUUUUGUGCGCUCUUUCCCUCCUUCGACAACGUAAUAAGUGGAGACGCUCUUCGCUAGGUGUCUCUGCCUUGCCUAGGUUGUCAUUUGCAAAACAAUUGGGUAUUAUUAAAAUUAAACGACAACUCUACGAUUCUAUGACUGUAUUUUUUCGAGUAAAGAAAAAAUCAAUUGGUAGAAUCUAUAAAAUAGCAAAUGACACUGGAUUUGAGGAAAGUUGAUUGGACGUUACACUAUCUAAUGAAACACGAAAUAUAUUUCGGAUUCAGGUCAUACUAUUCAUUGCAACAUCAACACUUUAAAGUACACCAGAAUUACUUCCUCAAACUAGCCGGUUGUUCUUGCCUAUGUGGAUCGCAGGCGGAAUCCAAAUCGUAAUAUGAAUAAAGGCCGUGUGGCUCUCUCUUCGGUUGAUAGGAUGAAGUUUGCUUAGCUGAUUCGGUUUUAG